CCCGCCACUGCGGCCAUUGUUCGGGCCGGUGCGUCUAAGGCGGCUUUGGCCGCACCUCCGUACAUCAGAAUUGGAGAGGACUGAUCCUGAAGCGGGGACGAGAAGAGCCGGCCCAGACGUUGGGUGGGCCUGCGGUCGCUAAAUCUGGAAACUCCAGGAGGCAGUGAUUCCGAACUCCCUGUCUGGGAACCUGGCCCUGAGAAGAAGGAAUGGCCCCGAGGCCUCCGACGGCCGCGCCCCAGGAAUCAGUAACAUUCAAGGAUGUGGCUGUGGACUUCACCCAGGAAGAAUGGCACCACGUGGCCCCUGCUCAGAGGCGUUUGUACAGGGAUGUGAUGCUGGAGAACUACAGCAACCUGGUUUCUCUUGGAUAUCAAGUUUCCAAACCAGAGGUGAUCUUCAAAUUGGAGCAAGGAGAAGAGCUGUGGCUAUCAGAGGGAGAAAUCCAAAGAUCUUUCUGUCCAGACUGGAAGACCAGGCCUGAACCUAAAUCAUCAAAUCUGCUGCAGAACAUAUUUGAAGUAUCCCUUCACACAGAUGAUCUCUCACAUGCCACAUUAGAAGAUGCUUGGGAUGUGAGCAAUCAGUUGGAGAGGCACCAGGAAAACUGGAAGAGGUAUCUGGGGCCAGAUCUAUCCACCCAGAAGAAAAUAAUCACACCAGAGGAAACUUUUGAGCAUAAUAAAUUUGGUGAAAACUCUAGGUUGAAUACAGACCUGGUUACACAAUUGAACAUUCCUUCAAGGUCUAGUGAAUGUGAUACACUUGGAAUCAAUUUAGGAUGUAAUUCAGACUCACUCAAUCAGAAUAAUAUCCUUGCAAAAAAGAAACCUUAUAAAUGUAGUAAAUGUAGAAAAGCUUUUAUUCAUAGAUCAUCACUUACUAAACAUGAGAAAACUCAUAAAGGAGAGGGAGCUUUUCCCAAUGGUACAGAUCAGGGACUUUAUGCUGCAAAGAAACACCAUGAAUGUACUGACUAUGGUAAAACCUUCCUCUGGAAGACACAGCAUACUGAGCAUCAGAGGAUUAACACAGGGGAGAAACCCUUUGAAUGUAACAUGUGUGGGAAGGCCUUCAGGCAUAGCUCAUCCCUUGGUCAGCAUGAGAAUGCGCAUACUGGAGAGAAACCCUAUCAGUGUAAUCUCUGUGGGAAAGCCUUCCAGCGCAGCUCCUCUCUUGUUCAACACCAGAGAAUUCACACUGGAGAGAAACCCUAUCGGUGUAACUUAUGUGGAAGGUCUUUUAGGCAUGGCACAUCCCUCACUCAACAUGAGGUCACCCAUAGUGGAGAGAAACCCUUUCAAUGUAAGGAAUGUGGGAAAGCCUUUAGUCGAUGUUCUUCCCUUGUCCAGCAUGAGCGGACUCAUACUGGAGAAAAACCUUUUGAAUGUAGCAUAUGUGGGAGGGCUUUUGGUCAGAGCUCAUCCUUUUAUAAACAUAUGAGGAUUCAUAAGAGAGGGAAACCUUACCAAAGCAAUAACUACAGCAUAGAUUUCAAGCACAGCUCAUCUGUUACUCAAGAUGAAAGCACUCUGACUGAAGUGAAACCCUAUCAUUGUAGUGACUGUGGGGAAGACUUCAGUCACUUUACAGACUUUUCUGACCAUCAGAGGAUCCAUAUUGGAGAGAACCCCUAUGAUUGUCCCCAGACCUCCAGUCAACAACCUAUUUCUCAUCCUGGAGAGAAACCCUAUCAAUGUAAUGUAUGUGGAAAAGCUUUCAAAAGGAGUACAAGUUUCAUAGAGCAUCACAGAAUUCAUACUGGAGAAAAACCCUAUGAAUGCAAUGAAUGUGGAGAAGCCUUCAGUCGACGCUCAACACUUACUCAGCAUGAGAGAACCCACACUGGAGAGAAACCCUAUGAAUGUAUUGACUGUGGGAAAGCAUUCAGUCAGAGUUCAUCCCUCAUUCAGCAUGAGGUCACACAUAGUGGAGAGAAACCCUUUCAAUGUAAGGAAUGUGGGAAAGCCUUUAGUCGAUGUUCUUCCCUUGUCCAGCAUGAGCGAACUCAUACUGGAGAAAAACCUUUUGAAUGUAGCAUAUGUGGGAGGGCUUUUGGUCAGAGCUCAUCCUUUUAUAAACAUAUGAGGAUUCAUAAGAGGGAAACCUUACCAAAGCAAUAACUACAGCAUAGAUUUCAAGCACAGCUCAUCUGUUACUCAAGAUGAAAGCACUCUGACUGAAGUGAAACCCUAUCAUUGUAGUGACUGUGGGGAAGACUUCAGUCACUUUACAGACUUU